GUCAGCUGCACCAGCCCUGGUAAAAGUGAUACACAAUUUGUUCAUAAUCAGUUUUUCGCUGCGUUUAAAGCUGAAAAUUGUAAAUAGCCAAGUAAUUACUUGAGUAAUUACCUACACAUAUAUUUAAAAUGAUACGAUUCAUACUCAUACAAAAUCGGGCAGGCAAAACUCGCCUGGCCAAAUGGUACAUGAACUUUGAUGACGACGAAAAACAAAAACUAAUUGAGGAAGUGCACGCAGUAGUCACCGUGCGAGAUGCUAAGCACACCAACUUUGUAGAGUUUCGGAAUUUUAAAAUUGUAUAUAGACGCUAUGCGGGUCUUUACUUCUGCAUCUGUGUGGACGUUAAUGAUAACAACUUGUGCUAUCUGGAAGCCAUUCAUAACUUUGUGGAAGUGCUGAAUGAAUAUUUCCACAACGUCUGCGAGCUGGAUCUCGUCUUCAAUUUCUACAAAGUCUACAGUGUUGUGGAUGAAAUGUUCUUGGCUGGCGAGAUAAGAGAAACCUCACAGACGAAAGUGCUCAAACAAUUGCUAACAUUAAAUUCGUUGGAAUAGAGAGAAUGAAUGAGAAUACUCCCACUAAAACGAUGCAUUCCCAUUGCCCGCUUAUCGAAUCUUCUUUCAUAACUAAAAUAUUAUGUACUAUUUAUCAUGUGUUCUAUAUGCAAGCAAAACUCUCAAAUGUUAAAUGACGUGUUUAGAAUCAAAUAAUUUAUAAUAAGAGAUUAUAUGCAGAUGCGCAAGUAUUAAACUUAAAA